AUCCCUAUUUUUAUUUUUAAAACAAAUGCAAUCAAGUUCUUUCUCAUCAGCUGGGACUAGAUAGACUAACAUUUUGGCUCCUUUUUGUUUUAAAUCAGGCAAGUUUGAAACGGGGUGUUAACACACCAACUGCGCAAGUAUGGGAGCUGAAGAGUGUUUUUGCCUCUUUUAAUUUCUUUAAUUGACUUUGUCUUUUACGAUAAUCAAGCCAAGAGAUUCUAUAAACGGCGAAGAGAAAUUAGCAUAUCAUUACAGCAGGGGAACAAGUUAGAACAUGUCUAAUUCAUCAACGUCCAGUUUUCAUUUGUUGCUCGUAUACACGAGCUUUGUCAUCCCUACAAGUUGCUAUAGUCAGCGUCCAUCGUCUCCAAGUGACCAUGUAGCGAUGUUCAUCUUUGGAGAUUCACUGUUUGAUGCUGGUAACAACAACUACCUAAAGAGUGCUGUUGGACGAGCAAAUUUCUGGCCAUAUGGUGAGACAUUCUUUAAGCAUCCUACUGGGAGAUUUUCCGAUGGUAGACUAAUUCCUGAUUUUAUCGCUGAGUAUCUAAACUUGCCAUUAAUUCCACCAUAUCUACAACCUGGAAACCAUCGGUAUCUAGCUGGGGUCAACUUUGCAUCAGCAGGAGCUGGUGCUUUGGCAGAAACUUACAAGGGAUUUGUAAUAGACCUUAAAACUCAGCUAAGUUAUUUCAGGAAAGUGAAGCAGAAGCUCAGAGAAGAAAGAGGCGACACAGAAACUAAGACGUUUUUGUCUAAAGCUCUUUACUUGUUAAGCAUAGGAAGUAAUGACUACGUAGAACCUUUCUCCACAAACUACAGUGCAUUUCAUUCCUCCUCCAAAAGAGAUUAUGUUGGGAUGGUAGUUGGUAACCUGACAACUGUGGUCAAGGAAAUAUACAAGAACGGAGGAAGGAAAUUUGGAUUCCUAAAUGUGGAGCCUAUGGGUUGCUUUCCAUAUGCGAGAGCAGUUCUACAAAACAACACUCGUGGUUGCGUAGAUGAACUUACAGUGCUAGCUAAACUGCACAACAGAGCACUGACUAGAGCCUUGGAAGAGCUUAUGGGGCAGCUAAAAGGAUUCAAGUAUUCAAACUUUGAUUUCCAUGCCUCACUAAGUGAAAGAAUUAACAAUCCUUCAAAAUAUGGUUUCAAGGAGGGUAAAGUGGCAUGUUGUGGCAGUGGUCCGUAUAGAGGAAUCCUGAGCUGUGGUGGAAAGAGAACAAUAAAAGAGUUCCAAUUGUGUGACGAUCCUAGCGAGUAUUUAUUCUUUGAUGGUUCCCAUCCAACCGAAAAGGCCAACUAUCAAUUUGCAAAAUUAAUGUGGACGGGAAGUCCUUCUGUCACCGGGCCUUGCAAUCUUCAAACAUUAGUUCAGGAAUAGAGUAAAAUAAAGGGCUCCUUCUUAGUUUGCAUUAGCAAAUAAACGUGAUCGAUGCCUUGUAUAUGAGAAUGGAUUCAAGUAAUUGAAUGUGUUUUUUUUCGGUGAUUAUAUUGCAUCUUUGUACACAUUACUCUCGAAAGCUAAAAAACACUUGAUGUAAAGAGAUAUUUUUAUAUUUUUACAAAGGUUUUCUUUUU